AUGGCUGCCGCUGAGGAUGGCGCUGAGGCGCUGUCGCUCGAACAGGACCCCAAGUCUCCCCCACAGGGAUUAGUGAUAGCCCCAAAGCCGGCCUCCGAGAAGCCCGAUCCUGAGGAGCUGCAGCACGCGAUAUUGGCCUUCUAUUGCGUUUUGUUCGUCAUGUUCACGGCGCAGUGGGCGCUGGUGAGCUGGCGCAAGCGGCAUCGGCGCAGCUACGAUUUGGCGACGCUCGUCGGCCUUUGGCUCAUCCCGCCCAUCAUCUCUGUGCAGCUGGGCUUCUGGCGGUUUGUGGCCACCUGGGCCCUUUACUCCUCCAUCACCGGCUACUACCUGUACCGCUGCUCCGGCAGGCAGCUGGAGAAGACGGUGCCCAAGCAGGUCUACGCUUUCUUCAUGGUUGUCUUCCGCGUCAGCGUUGGCGUGGGCUUUGUGGGCUACAUCAUGCUGCUGCUGGAGUUCACGGGGCUGGGCCUGCUGUUCCGUGCGGUGCUCGGCCAGGGCGCCUCGCUCACGGCCGUGUGGUACGGCCUGUACUACGGCAUACUCACCCGCGACUGCGCUGAGGUGGCCACAGACCGCAUCGCUCGCUCCCUGGGCUCUGGGCGCAAGAUGGCGGUGUCGGUUCGCAGCUGCGGCAUCUGCGGCGGGGACCUGAACGACGGCGGCGGCACGCCCGCAGCUGCGGAGGCGGCCGGCGGCGGCGGCGGCGGCACCGGGCUGGGCACAAUCCAGCUGUCCUGCAAGCACCUCUUCCAUAUGGAAUGCAUCCGGGGGUGGUGCAUCAUCGGCAAGAAGGACACGUGCCCCACCUGCUGGGAGAAGGUGGACCUUCGGUCCGUGUUUGCCGACAAGCCCUGGGAGACCCGCAACCUGUCGUGGAUCCAGAUGCUGGACAUGGUGCGGUACCUGGUCGUCUGGAACCCGGUCAUCUUCCUGGGCCUCCACUUCAUUUUCCACGCCACGGGGCUGGACCACCCGCCGGAGCACCACCACCACCACAACAACAACAUGACGGGCAAUGGCACCGCCGCCCUGAACGGCACCGCUGCCCUGAACGGCACGGCAGCAGGGCUCCUCAUGCAGGCGGUGGGCGCGGCGGCGGCGAAUGCGACGGCGGCUGUGAACGGCACGGCAGAGGCCUUGAGAUGA